AUGGCGAAUAAAACAACCUUCUACUUCUACGCGCCCACCUGGGACUACCCUCCCCCUCCCCUCGGCCCUUUAAAGCUGGGAACCGUCUUCUCAAAUCUGAAGAGACCCGCAGAAUCAACUCUGUACACCGCACAAUUACCUACCUCCUCUGCAACCGCCGACAAUGGAGGGGAUAGCCCAGCGCCGUAUUCAACAUACAAGAAAGACGUAGAACUCUCAACCGAAAAGCUUCGCCAGGGACGCUUUGCGAUUCUAACGCAGUUUUUAUCUGUGUUGGGUGUCGGUGUUGAUUUGGGCGUUGAUUGGGAUCUGAAUGACGACGAAACCCUCCAUUUCGACACAAUAACAACCACCCAAUUCCAUCCUUCUGCCUCCUACAUCCAAACCCACUGCGUCGAUGCUUCCGCGCAAGUACAGCGCUGGUUUGAGCGUUCCCGCUUCAAGAAACCGCUCUACUUGAUUACAGGCAUCAAGAUCGUCAGCGGCGAUAAAUCCGCCGAAACGAAAACCGCGCGCGGAGGUGGGGGGGAUGUGUCGGUGAAUGUUGAUGGGACGGUUUGGUCUGCUGGUGCGGUGCCGUUGGGGGGCGGGCCGAGUGUGGAAGUUCAUCAAACGGAGAAGAAAGGGGUGAAGUGGGGGAAUGGAGGAGAUUUUGUGCUUGCGUUUAGGGUCAAGAGGUUUAUGGUUUCGAAGAGGGGGGUUAAGGAGACGGAUUAUGUCAAGGGGGCGGUUCUGGGAUAUGAUAAUGCUAAGGAGGUUGAGAAGAAUCAUGCAUUGUUCGUUGAAGAGGAGGAUGAGUUUGAGAUUGAGGGUGAAAAUCCGGAUUGGGAGGGUGUGCGUGUUAGUGAAGGGGAUGAGGAUGUUUUUGUGGCUGUGCCUCGGGUUCAUGAGAACGAAGACUAA